UGGUCUUCAUACAAACAAAAAUCAGCUGCUGUUUUUGGUUAUUUCAACAAAUUGUACAAAAUAAACAAGAAUAACUGGGAAAAUAAAGUAUCAGGUCAACGAAUUAUGCUGCACUGAUUAACCGAAAACUAGUGCGCACAACGGUAAAGAUAAAACCAGCUGAGAUAACGGAACACAAAAGGUGCCAAACAUGUUGUCCUACAUAAAGCGCAAGCUCUCGGAGUCCGACAACGGCGUCAAUACUGUCGUAACCGUGACGUCGCCGUGCGGCGGUACGGGUGGGAGUGGGAGCGGUACGGGUGGGAGUGGAAGCAGCAGUAUCAGCGGACGCAGCCAGAACACUGACGAGUUAGUGCGCAAAACGAGCCAGAUGUCGAUGGAUGAUGAGGCCAUUGCCUUUGGGGAGGACGCACUGCUCCAUGACCUGGGCUACAAGAAUGCCACGGAUCUGCAGGAGACCAUCUACGAUCUGUUGCGCAGCAUUCGGGACCCAGAGAAACCGUGCACUUUAGAGGACCUUAACGUUAUCUACGAGGAUGGAAUAUUUGUGAUGCCACCAACGCGCUCAAAUGUCUCAGUUGUACGCAUCGAGUUUAAUCCCACAGUGCCGCAUUGCUCGCUGGCCACGCUUAUUGGACUCUGUAUACGCGUGAAAGUGGAACGUGGACUGCCCCACAAUAUAAAGCUAGACAUAUUCAUUAAAAAGGGUGCCCACCAAACAGAAGAAGAAAUAAAUAAGCAAAUAAAUGACAAGGAGCGCAUCGCGGCGGCCAUGGAAAACCCAAACCUGCGGGAUCUGGUCGAGAAUUGCAUAAAGGAUGAGGAGUAGCUCUCUUGGCUUUGGCUUUCUGUAUAUAGGGAACUUGAGAGGAAUGUCUAGGGUUAAGAAUAUCAAUAAGUUGUGUCAUGGACUGUUUGCCAAGCAUUAAAGCUCUUUAAAUCUGUUAA